AAAUACGGUUUAUAGUUGUAUGGUGCUUGAGAAAAUGUGUUGGUUCGUGGUUCCAGAGUGGCUGCUGAAGUAUAUGAAACGUGGCGUUCGUUUUUGCUACUAGUUUCAGCCACGUAAUCUAUUGAAUCGCCCCCGAUAUCAAAUAUGCCACGAUGAGUUGAACAUCCAGCAGUCUGUCUCUCGAGUUUUUGCAAAUUUGCUUCUUGUCCAAAAAGACACAACGUGGUCUUGUUUCUUCCUUCUUUGCUUUUUUCCAGUCUCCGCAAAAAACUGUGCUUGUUGACUAACGGCAGAAAAGGAGAGAAACAGGGAUUACCAACAACGAGAAUUCCAGUUGCGUUCAUUCGCUAAAUUUGUUCUCGUUAUAACCUCUCGGGGUCGUCUACCGCAGUCUCUCUUGCGCCGCUUCUGUCUUCGGUACAUGAUAUGCUUUUUAAGAGCAACAAAAGGCAACUCGUUGACCAAAUUCGGCGCAGAUAAGAAUAAACUGCAUACUAGGCUGGUGUAUGUACACCUGGGAGUAAGCGGGUGAACAAAAUAUGAUUUGAUUGAAAUUGAAUGAACGUAGAGUUCACUGAUUCAAAUCCUCCUAUUGUAGCGUGCCGAUUGCCAUCUCUGGUGGAUUUCAAGAAGCCUCCACUGUAUUCUAAGUGAUUUCUGUAGGCAUCUUCCGCUGACCCGUUUUCGGAUUCUGCAUCUUGGUUCAGCUCCUUGACUUUAGAACGGCAGUGCACGUUUUUGUCUGCUGGAUCCACUGCGUGAUCCCGUUCAUUCUCCAAAGAAGUCACCAUGUUGCGUGUCCCAGUCUUCAGCGUACAUUUGCCAUACACAAUAUCUUCUCGUCUCUCUCCCCUGCCACAAGUCCGUACUUCCUGCUCCUCUCUCUCAGGAAAGCGAGCCGUUGGUACCCGUGCAGAUCGUCGCACGCUCAUGAGUUAUAAGUAUACCUCAAAAGACCGAUUGCCCCUUCUGUCUCUUUCCCUCUUGUUUGUCCUUCUGCUGCCGAGGUUGAAUCCUCCUUUCCUACUACUCUCUGGUUCUGUCACAACAACCGACGCUCCGUCCAGUCCCGCUGUUCCAUUGAGCUUUGAUACCCCGACACGGCAAGGUGGGCAGAGCUUGACGGAGGGCAUAGAGGUGAAACACAUAGCGAAAGUCUCACUUCCAGCCUCUGAAGAAGGGAGCCCUCGUGUCACCACUGCUUCUCGCAGCAGCGCUAAAAAAGAUGUCGGGAACAAACGAGGGGAGACAGAUGAAACAGAGGGGGCUUAUUUAGCCGCUGCAGCAGGAGAGGUGCCCGUAGUCGAGCGCAGUCUGUCUGCGUCAUCUAGCAGAGCUACCGAGCUGUAUAGUUCUGGAAAAAAAGCAGAUGGUGCGAAUGUCGGACACACAGCGAGCAACACAGAGAACGCCGACGAAGCAAAUUCGGUGACGAAGCUAUCAGAGGACGUUGGGCAGGCUUUGGGUAUGAAGCCGAAAUCAACGAAACGUCAGACUAGGGGGAGUGGGGUCGAGAGCGAAGGUGGUCUGAAUGCCCGUUGGCAUGAAUCGGAGAAAAAGCGAGAUCUACAAACUCAAGAACAGCCACACGAAAAGAGCCUAGCUGAUGCAGCGGUGUCUACGGACCCGCCUUUUAGUGAAACGCAUGACGCAAGCAAUAGUAACCGCGAAAACGAGGGACUCCAAGAUGUAUGGGAGGCUCAGAAUGUUGACGCACCAAUACCAACACCAGCAGGAGCGGCGGGGCCUGGUUCGCCCCCUUCAACGGUAGCUUUUGGUCCGAAUCGUUCUCCUGCUCCUCCUCCAACUUCUCCUGCUGAAUCAAAUCCGUUUCUUGCUUCGCCGACAGCUGGUAAUUCGGGUGGAUCCACGCCUGCUUCUCAUCUGCCUUCUUCCCCCUCCCCAUCAUCUCUGUCCCUUGACCCACCGACGCCCUCAACCCGUGUUGCUUCUCCCCCUGCGUUUUCCCCUGUGACGUCUUCGACUCCAUCACCGUCCUCUUCUGCUUCCUUCCUCGCGGUUCCUCUCGAGGCUGUCGGCCUUCUCCCUGCUCACCAGCGACUUGCCUUCAUCGAGACUGCCCGGCGUCUUCCGCCUGAACUGCAUGCGAUGCUGCUGGCUGAAAUCCUCCGUGCGAAUGCAGAACCUGCUUCUUCCCCAGAUGUGGGUUUCUCUUCCACUGGUACGACAACUUUUUCCAGCGACAGAGUGCAAGAUCGAACUCCUGCUAAAACGUCGCCUUCUCCGCUUUCCUCUGUCGACUCAGGAAGAACAGACCGAGUCAGUCCUUGGGAGAUGCCAGAGUCAGACCACUCACGGAGGGAAAGCGGAUGGGAAGAAAUGUCUUCUAGAAAAAGCAGCUCUUCUGCUAGAGUGGCUUCCUUGCCAAGCCCUCCGUCACCCUCAUACGCGUUUAACCCCGGAUCAGUUUCUCCGGCUCCGUCUGUGCCUACCUCUGCUUCGUUUCCGCCUUCUUCUGAGUCUUGGUCGGAGGGGGAUAGGUCGAACCCUGGCGUGCCACAUCCCUUGUCUCGACAAUCAAAGAUACCCGCAUUCGGGGGAGCUUACCCUGACCCUUACCAAGUCCGCGGUGACGACGGGUCGUUUCGGGUGUCUCAGCGAUAUGCGGGAGACGUGUCUCCCGUGUCCGCUAGAAUGCCGUCGGACUACAGCUCCCAAGAGCCUGCCUCUCCUCAUCCUCCGUCCUGGCAGCUUCCUUCCGUGCCCCCAAGCUACUCGCAACAAGUUGGAACCCUUCCGGGGGUUCCUGCAUCCCCGUCGUCCUUUUCAACGUAUUCCGCUUCCGCUCCUCUUCUGCCUUACUCUCAGACUUAUCCUUAUCCGUAUUCGUCGGCUCCUUACUCUCCAUAUUACUCGUCCGCUCUUCCGCUUUCGGUGGUGCUGGCAGCGGCACCUCCGCCACCGCCGGUUUUGGCGGAGUCGGUGAGCGCAGCGGUCGGAAGCGCAGUGAACCAAGCCACGUCAUUGGUAGAUAACACUCUGCGGUCUGCGAUUGUCGGCAUCAUCAACCCCGCCACCUACAAUACCGCGAGCAUGUUGCAUGGCCUGCAAGCACUGAACGACAAGGUGUACGCCGGGAGCGAGGUGGCAACCAGAGCCUUUCUAGACUUUGCGGCAUAUCGACGAAGUCACCCCGACGACACACUAGCUCAACUCGUAAACAGCUUAGAGGAAGCCACAGACACGUUGAAUCAAGCAGCAACAGCGGGCACGCCCAGGUUGAAACCAACAAUCGAGGCACAGAAAGAACGGAAUCGUAGUGUUAGUCAAAAUGAGGAUGUUUUGCUCGAGGGCAUGGGGCUUUUUUCCCCUACGGUAGACCGCGAACGCCCGCAUACGCAGCCUGGAAGUUUUUCUCCGGAAUACCGAACGGGCAAGAGUGCGAAUAUAGAGAAGAGUUCUCCUAGAAAAUUCCUUUCGAGAACGGCCGGUCCAGCCGGCAGCGGCCAGACGCCCGGCCUCAGGGAGAGCGAAUCUUGGAGUUCGUCUGCUUUGCGUGAGUCGUCACCUGCGGCCCUUGCGGGGAAGAAAGAACGAGAAGUGGUAUCCGCAAGCGGCGGGGAAGGUUUGCCUCAGGAAAUCAUCGAUUUACGCACACUUUUAACCAAAGAACAGAUUGACGUCCUUGAAGGACUUACGCAGGUGCUGAACCUGGGUUUUGACGCGGCCUUGAACUUCGUGAAGAAUCAGGGCCGCGGCGUCCCCGGAUUGAAGCAGUUCCCUUUUUUCCAGCCACUGCAGAGAAAGGUCAUGGGCAUGUACUACAGAGCGUCGGCGAAUCGCGAUGCGGACAAGGAAAUUCUGGAGCAGGAAGACCGGCGGGAGGCCGAGCGAAAGGCUGCGAACGCAAUCGCGGGACGCGAGCAACAGUUUUGGACAGAAUUACAGAAGGAGGCACUUCAACACGGACUCGACCCUGGACUCGUUUUAGCUCACCUACUGCAGACAGCUCUGCAAAGUCCACAAGCCUACCCUGACUUCGAUGCCACGAAUGCAGUGGAAAACCUUCCGAAAGGUUCCUACACAAAUGCACUUGCCUCGCGAGCGAUCGGAAUGCACCGUGGUGAGUAUCCACUUCAGCGAAGUCUGCUAGGGAAUGCGCAAACCCCUCUCCAUGGAAAACGAAACAGAUUUUUACUCACGAAGCCAGCACGUCGCCUGGUGAAGAAUAUUCCUCAUCACGUUUCCCGUGUGCUGACAGAAUUCUCAAACGAGGAGAAACCCGACAGCGAAACUCUCGGCGAAUCGAGCGAAGUGGACGAAAUCACGCUCCAUAGAGGGACGCCUAAGGACGUUCUUGAAAAGCAAGGUGAUGCAAACGAGAGGACGGUUGAAGGACGUGACUCGGAAAGACACGGGCGCCUCUUACCAGUCAUUCCUGCUCGUCCCGCCUCCACCUCACAGUCGACUGUGGAAAAGACAAAAGAGCGUUUAAAAGCGUGCAUCGAUUUCGAGGUGACCCCAUCAACCCCCGAACGCGUUUCUUCCCUGUUCACCAUUGAAAAUGACGACACUGAACCGUCUCGAACAUUUACUGAUACCUCUGUAACGGACACACACCGUUGUGGAAGAGACAACGCGUCCCCCAGACACCUGGCGACGGUGUCGUCGCGUUCAUCCCUCUACCCUUUUUCGUUCUCGCCGCCUUCCUCUCUGUUUUCCCCGCCCUCGGCCUUCGUUCUGCCGCCCGCUGUCUCUCUACCGUCUUCUGCGGGAGUGUCCGUAGCCCCCACGACACUCGACCAGCUUCUGUCGCUCAUGGGAGUGCCGGAGAAUUGUCUUCUGGAGAAUUUUCGCUACCGCGGCUUGGCAAACGUGGUCGACCGUCGCAGCUCUCUUUCCACGUGUCAAGCGGCGUGUCGAGCUGCGACUGCGCAGCUGUCUUCAGAGACCGCGUGGACGGCGGACGUCGGGGCUCUCUCUGAAAGCGAGAAAAGCAAUCAGAGCCACUCACGCGGGUCUGCAGCCUCGGCACCCUGCGGGUUCAUUUCUUUUCUGCCGGAAGUUGAGUUGUGCUACCGAUACGCCACAGUCGAGGGCCUCCUGCCCGCUCCCGGCUACGUUUCGGCUCCAAUUUCUUGUUCCAUUGUGGAAGCAGGGCAGUUUGGCCGAGCCGACGAGAAGCGUGAGGCAGAGGCACUUCUUCUCUCGGGGUUUCAGCGAGGAGAAAAAACGGGACAAACGCAGGCAACGGAGUCCGAGAGGGACCGGGAGCGCCGCAGUUCGACACAAGCAAUGGCAGAUAGUCGAACGAGAAACGAGGACAGAACAGGCCGGUCUGAUGAGGCGUCGGUUCGCCUGGACCGCGAGAGCACAGCACGCGAGUUCCAACCGUCUGCUGCAGAUGAGGGAAGAUUCGCACUCCAACACCUUCGAGAGCAACCAGAGCAAAACACGCAACCGACGAAACGGGUUUUUUACGAGACGUCAGUUGAGGAAUCGCGCCCACCUUCGGGACAGAGGCGAACUUCUCCCGGAACAGAGACGACCGGUGGAAACCCCGUCAAUCUGCCACCUUCUGUUCGUGCCGCACUUCCUCCUGCGUUGCCAUCGCCUCCCUUAGCAGUGUCGGAGAAAGGAAACGUCACAGAUACCAUGCACAGAGGAAAUGUUUUGCCUAGAAGAAGAGUUGGCAACAACGAGGAACCGGAUCUCGCAGUCGGAGGAUCUACGCUCUCUCGGCCUGACUCUGGUUCGGAGAAUAGUACUUCGUCUUAUCCUUCCUCCUCAACGUCACAAACACACUUUUUCUCUCCCUCUCUCGCGAAACACCAGGCCACAGAGAAGGCGCUUUCACUUGAGUUAAGCGAAAUCGGCAGCACACAAACUUCUCUGGCAUUCCCAUCCCAGACGUGGAGUCCCUUAACGGCAAAUGAAAUGACGAAAUCAGACGCUGUAGCGACGCCUUCCUCUUCGUUUUCUUCGUCUCCCGCCUCUUAUGUUCCUACGCCUGUGUCUUUUCCUGUGCCUUCUUCGUCCUCUGCUUCGAUCCCCGCCUCCUUCCCUUCACUCGCCUUUCUGGCGCCUUUGCCUGGGAGUCCCUCAGUGCAACAAGCUGCCUCUCUCGGCCCGACCCAACUCGCAGCGGGUCCUCAGCCUUUUAUAUCAGCCGACAACCUACCGCUUUCUCUUUCUCCCUCCGGACUCAGAAGUCCACUUCCAAUCGAUUCACCUUCUGCUACCGCGGCGACUUCUUCAGCAGAAAACGCCGCGCUCUCCGCUUACUCAGAUCCCUUCCUCACCGGCGCGGCCGCACCGUCUCCAGGCGGCGGGUUUCUCCGACCUUCCACUUCGUCUCCUCCGCUCAGUGCAGUUCCCCCUCCGUAUUCUCCAGCUGCGUUUUCGUCUCAGUCCCUAGCGCCUGGUUUCGCUCCUGGGUAUUCUACUGCCCCUUCUCUGAGCGCCUUCUCAGCCCUUGCGCCGUUGCCGACGAUCACGACUCCGGUGGCAACAACUGCCGGUUCGCUUUUGCAGACAACCCAGGGGCUGAUGCAGGCUGGAAACGCUCUGAUGCAAGCGUUUCCUCUACAGCAGUUGCUGGACGCGGGCCAGCAGCUGUAUUCCUCCGGUUUCUUUCGCAACCGCGGAAUGAAACAUCUACAGCUUCCCAUGCUGGGCCCGCAGAAACAGGAACUCCCGCCGCCACCAGGGAUGGAGAAGCCGACAGUCAACUGCGCCUCUGAGGGAAUGACUUGCUGCGUGCCCGAAAACGCCGCUGAAAAGUGGAAGGAACGACCACCCUAUCUGAACAACCACGAGAAAGAGAAGAAGUGUCGCGCCCACUUUGUCACGAUGCUCAACUCGCUCUGUGCAACGACAAGUUACACACUCAAAGGAGACGCCAUCCGAGAAAAGUACGCGUCUGGGUUGUCUUCUGCUUCUCUGGCAGAGGACGAAGAAGACAACUGCGGCCUCGUCCUCACAGAAACUCGGGACUUUUGGAUUUUCCACCACACUCUUGUGAUUCCCGGAAAAACAAUGAACAACGCGAUAUGCGAGUGCAAGGAACCUAAGAAAGCAAACGAAGAAGGCUUGAGGCAAAUCGAAGCGUUUGCGACGUGGGAGUUUUCUCUCCAGGCAGUGCAUGCAAUGGAACAGCAGGCAGAAAGGGGGGAGCAGAUUGCAAAGGGUCUCGGGACAGCUCUUGCUCUGACUACGAUGCUCGGUCAGCAAGGCGAGGAAGCGAUAGGUCACGUCCUUGAGCAUGCCAGCUCGCGUGGAGUGCGCAAGUAGAGCCGAGCAUGACGUCUCUCGGGCAGACAUCGAAUCAACGGAAAUAAGGUCAUGCAGUACACCAGAGAGAAACGAGAAGAGAUCGAAGAGUCGAAAGAUGAAACGUGGAACAAGGGCGGAGAUGAAGAAAAAAGCAAAAAGAAGUCAGACAGUGCGAGAGCCGCGGAAAACUCAGCCUGCAGGAAAGACAAUACUUGGACACAGAUAGACAGGAAGGAAGAACGUGGAAGUAGAAUACAUCUACAUGUAUAUAUAAUGUUUAAUGGAAUGAGCAACAGAGGUAAAGCUAGGGAGAUAGAGAAAGGAAGUAGAACGCAUAUAUAUAUAUAUAUAUAUACGUGUAUAUAGUAUAUAUAUAUAUAUAUAUGUUCUAUCUUCAAGGGAGUGAAGAGCCGAGGAAAAGAGAUAGGUAGACAGCGAGAGGAAGCAGAACGUAUAUAUUUUUGUAUGCUUGUACUGGAGAAAAAGAGAAAGGCAGAGAGUCAGGAAGUGCAGGUAGCAGCGACUGUGGAUUCCGAGAAGCAGAAGCGUCUCAGACGGCAGAACGCGAGGUCACGGAAAAGAGACAGAACGAGUGAAGUGACAAAAGUGAAGAAAUGGUAGAGAAACAAGGAGACAACACGAAGAGAGACAAGAUCAACACAACAGUAACGAAAAGGAGAACAGAAAAGUCACAGAAAUGUACAACGGCUGUAAAGGAGGAAAGCGAGGCACUGCGAAUACUAUCAGCCCUCGAGCACCGUAUAUAGAGAGAGACAUUUGUUGAGUUCUUAUAAUUUCCACAUAUUCAUAUAUAGGUUUAAUAUAUUCAUGCAUCGCAGAGCAACGACUUCCCUUAGAUCGUACGUUGGAAGAAGCCUAGGAAAAAAACAUGGCUGCACAAGCAGAAAAAGAAUCCAGCACACAGGAGAGAAACGAAGUAUGAAACGAAGCAAAGUGGAUAUUCUCAUGACAAACUACUUCUGACGCGUCGGCGACUAUCUGCAAGCAGAGACAUCCCCUUCAUGAAUUAAAUUUUACAAACCAAUAUCGGAUCUUCACUGCUCUCUCAAUUUAGCGGUUCUCCGUCACACGUACAAAACGGUUCGAUCCUCUGUGACAGUGGCAAUCUGCUUUCGGAAAAUGUGCAUAUAUAUACGUACAUAUGUAUGUUUAUUUGUGGAUAUGUGUGCGUGUCCGUGUGCAUUGUCUCGGCAUAUAUGUUUGUAGUUGUGAACGUGGGGAAGGUGCCGCAGGUGAUGUAUAUCGCACUUUCAUUUGUGUAAUGCACGCUUCUUUCCAGCUUUUCACGUAUUUUUAUCCCAGUGGUUUGAAGGGGGGUCAAAAAAGUUUUUGCAGAGUACGGACUUGUACGUACACACAGGCGCAUGCGCGUCCUUACAUGUGUGGACUGUCACAGUUUCUUCGAUUUGUAGGAGCAGCGGCUCGACAGCAUCUGUUGGGAGUGUACGUCAGCGCAGUAUUUUUGUCUGAUUUUUUCUCGUACCGCCUCCAAGGCUUUCCUGUUGGAUCUUCAGUGAUCUGGCGUCGAGAUUCCGACAACGGUGGACGCCUCUCUACUGAAUGCACUUGACACUACGGACACGAGAAGCGCAAUCGAUCUUGGAUUCGGUAAACGCAGAUCUUCAGGAACGGAGUCCGGAGUCGAAAUCACAGUUCAUACACUCAAGAAAAAGGCUCUGACGAGACAGAAGGACAACCUUGCGUGUGUGCACUGUGGUCGUCUUUCUGCUGAAGCGACAAAGAAAUUCCACUUCCCAGGAGCCAAGGAGAGGCCCUAGAGACACAUGAACGUGCGCACUUGCAAGGAAAA